AUGGGUGUCGGCCGGAGGAAGCUGGUCCCAUUCUGGGUCCUAGCCCUGGCCCUGACUUGCAGUCAACACACAGGCCAGGCCCAUCAAGACACUCUGAAAUCUGCCCAGGAGCCUCGCUCUGACUUCUCUCUCCUUCAAGGGCAUGAUGCUGUCCCACUCCAUGGGGUGACCAUCAUCCCACCUCUGAAGACCGUCCCCGUGGUACAAGCUCUCAACCCAGCACAUACCGGGAGGGUGUGCAGCACAUGGGGUGACUUCCACUACAAGACCUUUGAUGGCCAGGUCUUCCGCUUCCCUGGCCUCUGCAACUACGUCUUCUCUGCACACUGUGGGGAUGCCUAUGAGGACUUCAAUGUCCAGCUCCGCCGUGCCCGAGAGUCUAAUUCCACCACUCUGAACAGGGUCAUCAUGAAGCUCGACGGCCUAGUUGUUGAGCUGACCAAGAGCUCCAUAUUAGUCAAUAACCACCUGGUCCAGCUGCCCUUCAGUCAGUCUGGGGUCCUCAUUGAGCUCAGCAGCGGCUACCUGAAGGUGGUGGCCAGGCUGGGCCUGGUCUUCGUGUGGAAUGAUGACGACAGUCUCCUGUUGGAGUUGGACACCAAAUACACCAACAAGACUUGUGGUCUCUGUGGAGACUUCAAUGGCAGUCCAGAGUCCAGCGAGUUCCUCUCUCACAAUGUUAGACUGACACCUCUUGAGUUUGGGAACCUCCAGAAGAUGGACGGCCCCACAGAGCAGUGCCAGGACCCCCUCCCUGUGCCCCAGAAGAACUGCUCCACCAAAUCUGGCAUCUGUGAAGAGAUCCUGAAAAGUCAGCUGUUCUCAGACUGCUCGGCCCUAGUGGACAUCAGCAACUACCUGGAGGCUUGCAGGCAGGACCUCUGUCUCUGUGAGAGCCCCAACCUGUCCAGCUGUAUCUGCCAAACUGUGGCUGAAUACUCCCGGCAGUGUGCCCAUGCUGGAGGAAAGCCCCAGGACUGGCGGGGUCCCAACCUCUGCUCUCAGACAUGCCCCCUCAACAUGCAACACCAGGAAUGUGGCUCACCCUGUGUGGACACAUGCUCCAACCCCCAGCACUCUCAGGUCUGUGAGGACCACUGUAUUGCUGGCUGCUUCUGUCCUAAGGGAAUGGUGCUAGAUGACAUCAACCAGACAGGCUGUGUUCCCGUGUCCCAGUGUGCCUGCCUGUACAAUGGGACAUCUUAUGCGCCUGGUACCAAUUACUCUACUGACUGCACCAACACAUGCUCUGGAGGGCGGUGGAGCUGCCAGGAGAUCCCGUGCCCUGGCACCUGCUCCGUGCUGGGAGGCUCCCACUUCUCCACAUUUGAUGAAAGGCAGUACACAGUGCAUGGGGAUUGCAGCUACGUGCUGAGCAAGCCCUGUGACAGCAAUAUCUUCACUGUGCUGGCUGAGCUUCGAAAGUGUGGGCUGACAGACAGCGAGACGUGUCUGAAGAGUGUGACGCUGAGCCUGGGUGGGGGGCAGACGGUGGUCAUGGUAAAAGCCACUGGAGAGGUCUUUGUGAACCAGAUUUAUACCCAGCUGCCGGUGUCUACAGCCAAUGUUACCCUCUUCCGGCCUUCAACCUUCUUCAUCAUUGUCCAGACCCACGUGGGUCUGCAGCUUGAGAUCCAGCUGGUGCCCCUCAUGCAGGUGUUUGUGCGGCUGGCACCUGAGCUCAGGGGUCUAACCUGUGGGCUCUGUGGGAAUUUCAACAGUAUCCAGGCCGACGAUUUCCAGACCAUCAGUGGGGUUGUGGAAGGCACAGCAGCUGCCUUCUUCAACACCUUCAAGACCCAGGCAGCUUGUCCGAACGUCAAGAAUAUCUUUGAGGACCCCUGCUCUCUCAGCGUGGAGAAUGAGAACUAUGCUCAGCACUGGUGUUCUCAGCUGACUGAUGCCAGCGGCCCAUUUUCCAAGUGCCACACCACCGUGAACCCCAGCACCUACUACUCGAACUGCAUGUUUGACACGUGCAACUGUGAGAAGAGCGAGGACUGCAUGUGUGCUGCCCUGUCCUCCUAUGUGCAUGCCUGUGCCGCCAAAGGGGUGCUGCUCAGUGGCUGGAGAGACCGCGUCUGCACAAAGCCUACAACUACCUGCCCCAAGUCGAUGACCUACCAAUACCACAUCAGCACCUGCCAGCCCACCUGUCGAGCUCUGAAUGAGGAAGAUGUCACCUGCCGUGUCAACUUCAGCCCUGUAGAUGGCUGUGCCUGCCCUGCAGGCACCUUCCUGGAUGAUUCAGGCAAAUGUGUGCAGGCCAGCAGCUGUCCCUGCUACCAUAGGGGAUCCACAGUUCCCAACGGCGAGUCUGUGCAUGAGAGUGGGACCGUUUGCACCUGCACCCAAGGGACACUGACCUGCAUCGGAGGUCCUGCCCCGACUCCAGUGUGUGUUGCACCCAUGAUCUAUUCUGACUGCCGCAAUGCCACGUCUGGAGACACUGGAGCUGGAUGUCAGAAGAGCUGUCACACCCUGGACAUGACCUAUUACAGCUCUGAGUGCGUGCCUGGCUGCGUAUGCCCAGACGGGUUGGUGGCAGAUGGUAAUGGAGGCUGUGUUGUUGCUGAGGACUGUCCUUGUGUGCACAACGAGGCCACUUAUAGACCUGGGGAGACCAUCCAAGUGGGCUGCAACAACUGCACCUGUGAGAACAGGAUGUGGCGGUGCACAGACAAGCCCUGCCUGGCCACCUGUGCUGUGUACGGGGAUGGCCACUACAUCACUUUCGAUGGGCAACGAUACAGCUUCAGUGGGAACUGCGAGUACACGCUGCUGCAGGACCACUGUGAUGGGAACGGCAGCUUCCAGGAUGCCUUUCGUGUUGUCACCGAGAACAUCCCCUGUGGUACCACAGGAACCACCUGCUCCAAGGACAUCAAGAUCUUCCUAGGGAACUAUGAGCUGAAGCUGACCGAUGGCAAGGUGGAGGUGGUCCAGAAGGGCAUCGGGCAGGAGCCCCCCUACUAUGUCCACCAGAUGGGCAUCUACCUGGUGGUGGAAACCGACGCUGGCCUGGUGCUUCAGUGGGACAGGAAGACCAGCAUCUUUCUCAGACUCAGCCCUGAGUUCAAGGGCAAGGUCUGUGGCCUGUGUGGGAAUUUUGACGACAAUGCCAUCAACGACUUCACCACGCGCAGCCAGUCUGUGGUUGGUGACAUGCUGGAGUUUGGAAACAGCUGGAAGUUCUCCCCAUCCUGCCCAGAUGCCCUGGUAUCCAAGGACCCCUGCACUGCCAACCCUUAUCGCAAGUCCUGGGCCCAGAAGCAAUGCAGCAUCAUUAACAGCGCUACCUUCACCACCUGCCACGCCCAUGUGGAGCCUGCCAAGUACUACGAAGCCUGUGUGAGUGACGCAUGCGCCUGCGACUCAGGGGGUGACUGCGAGUGUUUCUGCACUGCUGUGGCUGCCUAUGCCCAGGCCUGCCAUGAGGUGGGCGUGUGUGUGUCCUGGAGGACACCGGACAUCUGCCCGCUCUUCUGUGACUACUACAACCCAGAGGGUCAGUGUGAGUGGCACUACCAGCCGUGUGGGGCCCCCUGCAUGCGCACCUGCCAGAACCCUAGUGGAGACUGCCUACAAGAUCUUCGUGGCCUAGAAGGCUGCUACCCCAAGUGCCCACCAACAGCCCCCAUCUUUGAUGAGGGCACCAUGCAGUGUGUAUCCAACUGUACAGACAACCCCCACUCACGUCUACCACCCUGCCGCAUCAAUGGGAAGUCGUACCGAGCAGGUGCGACAGUACCUUCAGACAAGAACUGCCAUUCCUGCAUUUGCACAAAGAACGGUGUGAGCUGUAGCUACAAUGUUUCAGCCUGUGUCUGUACCUACAGUGGGCAGGACUUCCAUCACGGGGAAGUCAUCUACGACACGACAGAUGGCAUGGGAGGCUGUAUCUCUGCACACUGCGGGGCUAACGGCACCAUCGAAAGGAUUACCGACACCUGCAGCCCCACCACUCCCGUGCCCCCGACCACGUUCUCCUUCUCCACACCAGUUGUCAUGACCUCAGUGCCACCCUCCAGCACACAUCCCAGCCCUACCCUGAGUGUCGUGUACACAGGGUCCCCAAGCAGGGCGGCACCAACAACCAGCAGCAUGCUGUCUGUCGAGACCCCUGCCACAGCCUCUACCUUGACCGCAUCUACGACAGCCUCCACCUUAACCACGCCAGGCUGCGAGGAGGAGUGCUCCUGGUCUCCCUGGAUGGAUGCCAGCCGUCCUGGACGUGGCAUUGACGGUGGUGACUUUGACACUCUGGAGAACCUCCGUGCCCAUGGCUACCAGAUCUGCCAAGUGCCCAGGGAAGUGGACUGCCGUGCUGAGGCUACCCCCGAGGUGCCGCUUCACGCCCUAGGGCAGCGUGUGGAGUGCAAUACAACUGCAGGGCUGACCUGUCACAACAAGGAUCAGGUGUCGGGGCUCUGUGACAACUACCAGAUCAGAAUUCUGUGCUGCACCCCCAUCAGCUGUCCAGCCUCUGGGGGUCCUACCCAGACGACCCAUUUGAUAACCUCCAGGACAACGACAAUGGGGACCACAACCUCCUCAGCCCCUGUCACCUCCCCUGACCAUACAGAGAGCACGGUGAUGUCAGGUGCCUCUACCCAUGCACCAGGUCCUUUCCCCUCUUCCUCACAUCCUUCUCCAUCAGCUCCAAGGCCCUCCACCCCUGGCCCAGUUAGUUCUACCACAAUUAAGACAACUAUGUUCACUACUAGCCCAACGCCAGAACCAACUUCAGCCACAUCAUCUGUGUCCGUAUCAACUUCAGGGUCCACCAGGGCUUCUCUGGAGACUACCCAUGAAUGCAAACAGGAGCACUGCAGUUGGACUGAUUGGAUAGACGGCAGCUACCCUGGGCCGGGCAGAAACAGUGGAGAUUUUGACAGCUUCCUAAACCUGAGAGCCAGAGGCUACAAGUUCUGUGAGAAUCCGCAAAAUGUUGAGUGCAGGGCUCAGUUCUUUCCCAACACACCCCUGGAGGAGCUGGGCCAGGAUGUAACCUGCAACCGAGAGGAAGGCUUGAUCUGUCUGAACAAGAACCAGCUGCCACCCAUUUGUUAUAACUACGAGAUCCGGAUACAGUGUUGCACAGUGGUGGACGUGUGCUCCACCGUUUCGGCUGCCACUCAUCCUACCCCACAUGAAGAAAGCACGAAAACCAAGACAAAAGGAACCACAAGCUUGCAUUCCUCCUCCACCACCGACACCAGUACUCACACAGCAAUGACACACACAGAGACCUUGGCCACAGAGAGUCCACACAUGGUCACCCAGCCAGUGACCACCCACUGCCAGCCCCAGUGCAACUGGACCAAGUGGUUUGACACUGACUUCCCAGUGCUCGGGCCACAUGGAGGGGACCUGGAAACCUACAGCAACAUCCUGAGGAAGGGAGAGAGCAUCUGUCACCGGCCAGAGGAGAUCACACAGCUGGAAUGCAGGGCUGAGAAUCACCCUGAGGUGCGGUUGGAGGAUCUGGGUCAGGUGGUGCAGUGCGACCCCACUGUGGGCCUGGUGUGCAGGAACCGGGACCAGCAGGACAUCUCCGGGAUGUGCCUCAACUAUGAGGUGCGAGUCCUGUGCUGUCGUGUGCCUGAAGGCUGCCCUGAGACCACACGUGCCACUCCUGCCAGCUCUCCAGGUGAGACUGUCACCAGUUCAGUGCCUGGCACCACUUCUGUUCAUAGAGCAAUCAGCACGUCCAUGCCUCAAACCAGGACAACCAUUGUGCAGACAGCCAGCACCACCUCCACACCCCAAACCAGCUCACCCUUCAUAGAACAAUCCAGCACCACCUCUGGGCAGACCAUUUCCACCAGAGACACCAGAACUGCCUCUGGGCAGACAACCAGUACCACCUCCACACCCAAAACCAGCCCACCCUUCAUAGAACAAUCCAGCACCACCUCUGGGCAGACCAUUUCCACCAGAGACACCAGAACCGCCUCUGUGCAGACAGCCAGCACCACCUCCAUACCCCAAACAAGCUCACCCUCUAUAGCAACAGUGAGCUCUACCCUCAAAACUCAGACCAGUUCAACCUCUACAGAAAUAACCAGUACCACCUCUGGGCAGCCAGCCAGAACCACCUCCACAUCUCAAACCAGUGCAGUCUCUGGGCAAACAGUCAGCACAGUGUCCACUAGGGACACCAGCACCAUCUCUGAGCAGACAGCCAGGACCACAUCCACACCCCAAAACAGCUCACCCUUCAUAGAAAAUUCUAGCACUACCGCUGGGCAGACGGCCAGUACUAUUUCUACCAGAGAGACCAGAACCGCCUCUGGGCAGACAGCCAGCACCACCUCCAUACCUAAACCCAAACCAAGUUCUGAGCCUUCGGCCAGUACUACCUUCAAACCCCAAACAAGCUCAACACUUAUAGGACAUUCCAGAACAACCUCGGGACAGCCAGCCAGUACCAUGUCCACCAAGGACACCAGCGCCACCUCAGAGCAGACAGUAAGUACCACCUCCACACCCCAAACAAGCUCACCAUUUGUAGAAAAAUCCAGCACUACCGCUGGGCAGAUGGCCAGUACUAUUUUCACCAGGGACACCAGGACCACCUCUGAGCAGACAGCCAGCACCACCUCCAUACCUGGAUCAAGUUCAACAUCUAAAGGAAAAGUCAGCACCACCACCAAACCCCUAACCAGCUCAAUUUCUGAGCACACAGCCAACACCAUGUCUAUCAAGGUCACCAGCGCCACCUCUGAGCAGACAGCAAGUACCACCGACACACCCCAAACAAGCUUACUCUCUACAGCAGCAGUGAGCUCUACCCUCAAAACUCAGACCAGUUCAACCUCUACAGAAAAUACCAGUACCACCUCUGGGCAGCCAUCCAGCACCGUGUCCAUCAGAGACACCAGAACCGCCUCUGGGCAGACAGCCAGCACCACCUCCAUACCUAAACCCAAACCAAGUUCUGAGCCUUCGGCCAGUACUACCUUCAAACCCCAAACAAGCUCAACACUUAUAGGACAUUCCAGAACAACCUCGGGACAGCCAGCCAGUACCAUGUCUACCAAGGACACCAGCGCCACCUCAGAGCAGACAGUAAGUACCACCGACACACCCCAAACAAGCUCACCCUCUACAGCAGCAGUGAGCUCUAUCCUCAAAACUCAGACCAGUUCAACCUCUACAAAAAUAACGAGUACCACCUCUGGGCAGCCAGCCAGAACCACCUCCACAUCUCGAACCAGUGCAGUCUCUGGGCAAACAGUCAGCACAGUGUCCACCAGGGACACCAGCACCAUCUCUGAGCAGACAGCCAGGACCACCUCCACACCCCAAACAAGCACAUCCUUCAUAGAAAAAUCCAGCACCACCUCUGGGCAGACCAUUUUCACCAGAGAGACCAGAACCACCUCUGAGCAGACAGCCAGCACCACCUCCACACCCCAAACAAGCACAUCCUUCAGAGAAAAUUCUAGCACUACUGCUGGGCAGACGGCCAGUACUAUUUUCACCAGGGACACCAGGACCACCUCUGUGCAGACAGCCAGCACCACCUCCAUACCUGGAUCAAGUUCAACAUCUAAAGGAAAAGUCAGCACCACCACCAAACCCCAAACCAGCUCAAUUUCUGAGCACACAGCCAACACCAUGUCUACCAAGGGCACCAGCGCCACCUCUGAGCAGACAGCAAGUACCACCGACACACCCCAAACAAGCUUACCCUCUACAGCAGCAGUGAGCUCUACCCUCAAAACUCAGACCAGUUCAACCUCUACAGAAAAUACCAGUACCACCUCUGGGCAGCCAUCCAGCACCGUGUCCAUCAGAGACACCACAACCACCUCUGGGCAGCCAGCCAGCACCGUGUCCAUCAGAGACACCACAACCACCUCUGGGCAGCCAGCCAGCACUGCGUCCAUCAGAGACACCACAACCACCUCUGGGCAGCCAGUCAGCACCGUGUCUACCAGGGACACCACAACCACUUCUGAGCAUACAGCCAGCAUGACAUAUAUGGGAAGAACCAGCACCACUUCUGUGCCUGCAACCAGAGCCACCUCGGCUCCUCUGAGCACCACAGGCGCUGGGCCUCAUCCUGGGAUGACUUCCUCCCCACUGACCACCCAUUGCCAGCCCCAGUGCAACUGGACCAAGUGGUUUGACACUGACUUCCCGGUGCCUGGGCCACAUGGAGGGGACCUGGAAACCUACAGCAACAUCCUGAGGAAGGGAGAGAGCAUCUGUCACCGGCCAGAGGAGAUCACACAGCUGGAAUGCAGGGCUGAGAAUCACCCUGAGGUGCGGUUGGAGGAUCUGGGUCAGGUGGUGCAGUGCGACCCCACUGUGGGCCUGGUGUGCAGGAACCAGGACCAGCAGGACAUCUCCGGGAUGUGUCUCAACUAUGAGGUGCGAGUCCUGUGCUGCCGCGUGCCUGAAGGCUGCCCUGAUACCUAUUGGACUCCCUCUGUGACCACACCCCUCAAGCCCUCAUUUCCAUUUGUGUCACCCUCAUCUGUGUCCCCAUUAUCAUCAUCGAGCCCUGCAGUACAUUUUACCACUCCUUGUGUGUGCAACGUGUCAGGCCAACUAUAUCCUAUCGGAUCCAUGAUCUACAAUAAGACAGAUCUGGACGGGCAUUGUUACUAUGCCUAUUGCAACCUGACCUGCCAGGUGGACAGAGGGGUUAGUAAGGACUGCCCUUCCACCGUGCCGACCCCUGCAACAGCUCUGUCCACCUCCACAUCUCCCAUCGUCCCUGUCACCGAGAGGGAUGGGUGCAAUGUGUUCCCUCCCAGAAUGAAAGGGGAGAACUGGCCCAUGCCUAAUUGCUCCCAAGCCACCUGUGAGGGCAACAAUGUCGUCUCCCUAAGUCCACGCCAGUGCCCAGAGAUGAAGGCACCAUCUUGUGCCAACGGCUACCCACCCCUGAAGGUGGAUGACCAGGACGGCUGCUGCCAGCACUACCAGUGCCAGUGUGUUUGCAGCGGCUGGGGUGAUCCCCACUACAUCACAUUUGAUGGCACCUACUACAGUUUUCUGGAUAACUGCACAUACGUGUUGGUGCAGCAGAUUGUGCCUGUGUUUGGAUCCUUCCGUGUGCUCAUUGACAACUACUUCUGUGACCUGGGCGACAGUGUUUCCUGCCCGCAGUCCAUCAUCCUGGAGUACCACCAGGACCGUGUGGUGCUGACCCGCAGGCCAGUUGACGGGAUCAUGACCAACCAGAUCAUCUUCAACAACAAGGUAGUGAGUCCAGGCUUCCAGCAGAAUGGCAUUGUCGUCUCCCGUGUGGGUGUUAAGAUGUACGUUACCAUUCAGGAGAUUGGUGUCCAGGUCAUGUUCUCAGGCCUCAUCUUCUCUGUUGAGGUGCCCUUCAACCUGUUCGCCAACAACACAGAGGGCCAGUGUGGCACUUGCACCAACGACAAGAAGGACGAGUGCCGCCUGCCUGGAGGGGAAGUAACCUCUUCUUGUUCUGAGAUGGCCAGCCACUGGAAGGUGCCCGACCAGCCUGCCUGCCAAGGGCCUCCUCCAACACCAGCUUCAGUGGUACCCAGUCCUUCACCGACCCCGUGUCCAUCAUCACCACUCUGUCAGCUCAUCCUAAGCAACGUCUUCCAGUCCUGCCACCCUAUCAUCCCUCCCCUGCCGUUCUACGAAGGCUGCUUGUUCGACGCCUGCCACGGCGUGAACUGGGAGGUGGUGUGCUCAAGCCUGGAGCUCUACGCGACACUCUGUGCUGCCAAAGGCCAGUGCAUCCCCUGGAGAAGCCACACCAACAACACCUGUUCAUUCACCUGUUCUGAUAACAAAGUAUACAAGCCGUGUGGCCCAACCAACCCUCACUACUGCUAUAGGAACGACGACAUCAGCACCAGCUUGAUCCUUCAAGAAGCUGGCUCCUUCUCAGAGGGCUGCUUCUGUCCGGAUAACACAACACUUUUCAGCACUAAUGAUUCAGUCUGCGUGCCUUCCUGCCAAUGGUGUCUGGGGCCUCAUGGAGAACCUGUGGAGCCGGGCCACAGCAUCAGCAUCGAUUGCCAGGACUGUGUCUGCAAGGGGGGCACGCUGACCUGUCAAAGGAAGUCCUGUCCCCAGACCACCUGUCCAGAGCCUGGCUUUGUGCCAGUGCCCGAAGCCCUGCAGGCUGGCCAGUGUUGUUCCCAGUUCAGCUGUGUCUGCAACUCCAGUUACUGCCCUCCUCCCCUGCACUGCCCGGAGAAUUCUAGCCUGCUGGUUGUCUACGAGGAAGGAGCUUGCUGCCCACGACAAAACUGCAGCAGUCAGAAGGGCUGUGAAGUCAACGGGACUCUAUAUCAGCCCGGUGCUGUGAUCUCCUCCAGUCUAUGUGAAACAUGCGUGUGUCAGGCGCCCAGCAAUCCUCAUUCAGAUGUCUUUGUGGUCAACUGUAAGAAUGAGUUCUGCAAUACCCAAUGUGCUAAGGGCUCCGAGUACCAGCCCGAGCCAGGACAGUGUUGUGGCCGGUGUGUGCCGAAGGCCUGCUCUUUUAAACACAGCAACAGCUCUGUCUCCUAUUACCUUCCUGGUGAGUCCUGGCCAGAACCUGGGAACAACUGUGUGACUCAUAAGUGUGAGAAUUUCCAAGAUACACUCACGGUCGUGACAAUGAAGAUGGAGUGCCCCAAGAUCAACUGUCCACUGGGCCAGGCUCAGCUGAGAGAAGAUGGUUGCUGCUUUGACUGUCCCAACACCCAGCAGAAAUGCGCGGUACACCAAAGACAGCAGAUCAUCCGUCAGCAAAACUGCAGCUCCGAGGGGCCAGUGAGCCUCUCCUACUGCCUGGGCAACUGCGGGGACAGCACCUCCAUGUACUCCCUGGAGGCCAACACCGUGGAGCACAAGUGUGAGUGCUGCCAGGAGCUGCAGAUCUCGCAGAGGAAUGUGACUCUGCACUGUGGUGAUGGCUCCAGCCGCACCUUCAGCUACACCCAGGUCGAGAAGUGCGGCUGCCUGGGCCAGCGGUGCCAUGCUCCAGGUGACACGAGCUACCCAGAAUCCUCAGAAUCAGAGUUCAAGUCCCAGGAAAGUAAAGGACACGGUCAGCAGUAA